AUGCUUAAGGCCACACACCUGUCGUCUAUUAGUCGCGAUGACAUCGUCUCAAUUCUUCCGAUUACUGAAACGUCCAAAAUACUGGCCUCCAACCGAGAAGGACAUGUGCUAGUGUAUUCUUACGAAGGUCAGUCGUUACGUCUAACGCAAACAUACAAUCAUCUCAUGAAAAACAAUGGAAGAGAUACUACAAUUAGCGACUUACUAUACUCGCGCCAAUUGAGCACGGUAUUUGCCGUUUGUGCAAAGAGCAUUGUGUUGUUGAACAGCACAAACUUGAACCAAUAUGAUAGAAUUGUGGAAAAGAGAGGCAUAAAACAGGCAUGGAUGCAUGAGCAGCCCACCAGCAAGCAUGGGAAUAUCACGAUACUGCUGUUACAACCUCACAAAACGACAACGUUGAAGCUCUUUCUUUGGAACGAUCGCGCCUUCAAAAACGUCUCUGAGAUGAGCCUAGGGCAUAAAGGCGAACAAAUACUAUCUAUGGACAUGGAUCGCAAUGGUUUAGUGCUGGCGACUAAUAUGAGCUGCUAUUAUUGGAGGCUUAAAGAUCUUUCAUUACAAAAACUCACUAAAAUUGUCAGUCCGGUUUGGCCCCAGGGCAUCAACGAAGCGUUGGAAGAAUUAGAAAACCUUGGAGUCUCUAAAAAAACCGAGGACCACCAAGAUAUGGCUUCUGUAUGGAGCGGAUCCAAUGUCUCGCGAAAAAUAAGCAUGGGCAAUUUCUUUCAGCGUAAAGAAGCCCGAGGCGGGUUAGACAAGACACGGUUCCUUUUCCACCCGCCAUCCUAUCCGCAUACGAUUCUUCUGGACGGUGCGUCCAGAAAGAAACUAGAAGUCAUGACUACUUCGUCACACGGGCCUUAUAUGACAGGUUAUGAGCUGGGCCGAUUCAUCGAUGCCAAUAAAGAGUUUGAUAAUAUCCAGUACUUUUCAUCAAACUUUCUUAUACUGAACAACCGCAAGACAAUAAGAAUAGGUGAUUCGCACUAUGGUUUAAAUUUCCUAGAGUUCAAUGUCGGGGAAGGUAUCAGAAAAGUGGUUAGGGCACAGGGCUCAACUUUACUUGUCUGGACAGAAGCCGGUACUUUACAACUGUACAAACUGACCAUAAGUGAUGAACCCACAAGCAUUUCUGACAGCGAGGAUGAUUUUAUUGCAGUAGAAGAAGGUGGCCCGACACGAAUGCUAAAGGCAAUCAUUUUUUACCAGGCACUGCUUGAUCACAAAAAUCCAUUUUCUUUAUGUGAAAGCUUCGAAUGCGAAAAUAUUGAAGAGACCGUUGAUUUUUACGCUAUGAAACUGCGAGAUUUAGUUGUCCUGUGGAGUUUUUCGAGCUUCGAUAAAUGCCAGACGCUGAUUGAGAAGUCCCAAAACACAGUAAAAACCCAGGCAAGGAUACUGGGCUUACAAGAACUCAUCAUAAAAGGGGUCUUUGAUAAUCUCAUCAAGUUUCUCGCACCGCCUGAGCUAGUUAUUGGUCACUGUUUUUCAGGAUCUAUGGCGAGAUUACUGAACCAAGAACUUACACAAGAACUAAACCACCAUCAAGGUAUAAACGCGAAUCAUUUCCCUACUCGUGUCAUGAAUAAGUGGUGUCUACCUUAUCUUACAGAUAUUAGACGAAAUCUCCACAACCUCGCUAAAAAUGGAACAAUAAAAUGGGAAUACGAGAGGAGAGCGGUCAAAGUGGACCUCCAGUUUUUCUUGCUUGACCAUCAUCGAGAGCGGAGCAUCGAGAGUUUACUGAAGCUUGUUGACACUUCAAUUUUUAAAAUUUACCUCGAGUUCAAUCCUGCUAUGCUAGGGCCGUUUACAAGAGUUCCAAAUUCCUGUGAUUUUGAGACAGUGGUGGAAGAUUUAUCCAAAAAUAUGAAAAUUCAGGAGCUCGUCGAUUUUUAUUUUAUGAGAGGGAAACAUGAGCUAGCUUUGAAGCUUUUGACAGAUCUUGAGAACAAUGUGAAGUUGGCGCAUCCUGAAACCCUCGCAGCGGAUAUCAAGAUGCUUGUUGUUGAUUACCUCAAAAAGCUACCUCAGUCUGCAUUACCAACCAUUUUCGAGUACACACUUUGGCUGAUCAAAAAGUUCCCUAAGGAUUCUCGCAUAAUCAUUACUAGCAUUUUCAUGAACUUCAGUCCACACUGUGCUACCCUAAGGUCUUCAGAUGUUUACGAUUUUAUCGAUAGAAUCGAUAGCGAGUUGUCUCUCAAGUAUCUGGAGUUCAUCGUCGAUGCUUUCGAUUCCUCGGAAAGAAGCGUCUACAUGAAACUUAUUGAAAGGUAUUUGCAGAAAGUUGAUGAACCGAAAGCGGCUCGUAAAUUGGAGGCCAUCUUAAGAUCAGGGGAUUCAUACGAGCCCCGUGGGGUCAUACGCAUGCUUGAUAAUGCUCUUCACGAAAAUCGCCCAUCCAGCGAGUCUAAAACCCUGAUCAAAAGAUUGAAAACUUAUUCUCUAAAAAUGUUGGGAGAACAUAACGAAGCCCUUCACAUCCUCUUUGAGGAGUUAUCUAGCUACACGCUUGCAGCUUCCUAUUGUUCUGAUCUUUAUCAUCAAGAUUCUCGAGCAGGCGUGGAGGUGUUCAGUACCUUUUUUGACAUGGUGGUCACAAAGAGUAAAAGAGACGAUACCGGGCCUCGUACCAUCCUUCGUUUCCUCGAAGAGUUUGGAUUCAGGCUCGACAGCGCAAAAACGUUAGCAAAGACACCCUCAGACAUCUCUUUAAAGGAUGUUCAACAAAUUCUAGCCAAGGAAAUUGAAACCUCAUCCUUGAGGAAAAAUAGGGUCCGGAUGGAGAAGAAUCUCUUACAGGUAGAACUUGUUGACAAGACUUACGCGCUUGACAAAGAGCUUGCCAAAUAUUGUAUCAUUAAUCAGGAUCAGAAGUGCUACGUCUGCCACAAGCCGCUGUUGAACGGCCGCGACACGACGAUUAUGUGGUUUCCUAAUGCUUCAGGCCGAAUUCUGUCACACUAUAACUGCCGGAAAGUUAUAGAAACUAGUUAA